AUGACUGAUAUUGAGAAGAAGGGCGUUGAGCCCACUGAAGUUUACACUAUUGAUUGGAGUCCCGAAGAAGAAGCUGCUGUAAGAUGGCACAUUGACAGAACCGUCAUUCCAUUGGCGUUGGCUAUGUAUGUGUUUGCCUUCCUUGAUCGUGUAAACAUUGGUAAUGCUCGUGCCUAUUCGUUGGACACGAAGACGGGUUUAGGUGCAAUGGAAAGGCAAGUGGAUAACGGGAUGACUGGAAACGACUACAACAUGGUGUUAUCCAUGUUCUUUGUUCCCUACUGUGCUCUUGAACCUUUCUCCAACCUAGCCUUGAUCCGAUUCCGUCCUUCUAUUUGGCUUUCACGUAUUAUGUUGACUUGGGGUAUUUUCUCGUCUUGCAUGGCUGCUUCUGGUUCAUAUGCUGCUCUUAUGACCAUUCGAAUCUUUAUGGGUUGUGCCGAAGCUGGUCUCUUCCCUGGAGUAACUUUCUGGUUGACUUUCUGGUACAAGCCAAAUGAAAUCUCUGGCAGAAUCUCCUUCUUCUAUGGUGGUGCUUCAUUCGCUACUGCAUUCUCUGGUCUGAUUGCCACUGGUGUGUUCUACAUGGACGGUGCAGGAGGCCUUGCUGCUUGGCGAUGGAUUUUCCUCCUUGAAGGUCUCCCUCCAGUCAUUCUCGGAAUUGUGUUCUACUUCUUGAUACCCGACUACCCUGAAACUUGCAAGUUCUUGUCAGACCGGGAACGUGAAAUUGCAUGCAACCGUCUCAAGAUCGAUGCUGCCACAGCAGCUGCUAAAGAAUUCAAGGUGGAUGAAGUAUGGGGUGUCUUGCGAGAGCCUCAGUUGUGGGCUCAAACCGCAAUAUUCUUGUUGGCCGUCAUUCCUCAAUAUUCAAUUGCAUACUUCCAGCCUACCAUUUUGACUUACAUUGGAUACACCGGGGUCGCCGCGCAAUGGAUGACCGUUCCAACCAACAUAUGGAAUGCCAUAGUUUUGAUGAUCUUGUCAAACGUAUCAGACAGGAUUGGUGACAGAUCUGGAAUACUGGUUGUUGGUCAAUUGAUCUGUUCCAUAGCCUUCAUCAUCAUGGCGACAGUCUGGUCACCAUCUGGAGUUCUUUAUGCAAUGCUCUUUGUUACUCCAGCCAACGCCGCGACUGUGUCAUUGUUGCACGGAUGGGUUGCAAACAACCACAGGAGUCACACUGCUCGUGGAUUUGCUAUGGGCCUCAUGAAUGGUCUUGGUGGUGUUUCUGGUGCAAUUGGUGGUCAAAUAUACAGGGCGGCAGAUGCUCCACACUUCCCAAUAGGAAAUUCCAUCAACGCUGGAUGUCUGAUUGCCGCCGCAUUGAUUGGAAUGGGAACCCGUCUCUCUUUCAUGUACAUGAACAGAAAGAUUGAUGCGAGAAAUGCAGCUCUAGUGCGUUCUGGUGUUGAACUCACACUUGAACAAAAGUUCCGAUACACUCUGUAA